AUGGAAAAAUUUCUGAAGGAUGAUCUUCCUAUUUUUGGAGAGGAUGAGGAAGAUGCAAUUACCGCGUUCAACAUUUUCGAAGCAUGGAACAACUCUGAUUUCCUAUGCCAUAACUACAUUUUAAACAAUUUAUCUAAUAAACUUUAUGAAGUAUACAGUAUCAAGAAAAUGACUAAGGAAUUAUGGGAAUCGAUAGACCAUAAAUACAAGACUGAAGAUGCUGGUGGUAAGAAAUUUUUAGUUGCCAAGUUCUUAAACUUUGUAAUGGUUUAUUCUAAAGUUGUUGUAAAUCAAGUGCAGGAAUUCCAAUUGAUCAUUGAUUGUAUUCUCGUAGAAGGAAUGGAUAUAAGUGAAUCCUUUCAAGUGGCAACCAUUAUUGAAAAACUUUCGCCUGCUUGGAAUGACUUCAAGAACUAUCUUAAGCAUAAGAGAAAGCUUUCAAAGAGGGUCAAAACAAAUGAGGCCAACGCUGUGGAAAAUAUUUCUAAGGAAGUAUCUGAUCUUGACCUCUACGCUGUGAUUUCUAAAGUCAACUUGGUUGAUUCAAAUCCAAAAGAAUGGUGGCUUGAUACUAGUGUCACUCGUCAUAUUUUCUAUGAUAAGGACUCUUUUUUUGAGUUGGUUCCUUGUGAGAAAGGGGAGAAACACUAUAUGGGCAACGCUGCAACUUUCAAGAUCAAGGGAAAGGCACUGUGA